AGUUGGUAUAAUGUUAUACUUCUUUCAAUUUAUUAAAUUCCUCUGAACGGGCUUUUGCAUUAUAGCUGUGAAGUCAUAUCCUCAACGGCUGCCGCUUUUUCGUAUGCUAAAAAGGAGCUGAAGCAUAAAUGGAUAUUUAAUUUUCCAACGAGCCAUAUAAAACCACAUGAAAAUCCCACAGAAGGACUGAAAAAGCGCCAAAGACUUCUGAAAUGGGCUCAGACAAGGCGGUUGACACCCGCUCUAUACAAGAACUGUUAAAGACUCUUGCAGGCCAGGAAGACAGUGUUGCCAGAGAUCAUCUCCAUAUACUGAUCCAAGAUGCUUCUCAGCCACGGCAUAUGUCUGGGAAUUCUUGUACGAGGCUAUGCUAUUUUCUAGAGCAAUGCAGGAAGUCAGAAUCACCAAAACUUCGAGGCCUUGCAUACUCCCAUGAGACGUGCCGGCAGUUGUUUGACUUCUACGUUGAGUGGAAUGAGAAGAACCAGCACAGAUCCAUGAGACAGGUCCUAGAGCUUUUAAGUUCUUUGAUAUCUCUCAAUCCCGACAAGGAAGUUUCCAAUGGCUUCAAAAAGGAGUCAUUGGAGCGUCUUUUGUCUAUUAUUUCCUACGAAUCUGCUCAGCCUCUUGUCAAGCCAGCUUUCAAAGUGUUGGAAUGCUUUGUGAUCAAAGGCACGUACACCAGCUCUGACUUAUUCGAAGCCUAUGGCCACAUUUCUGGUGACAUAGAGCCUACCCGAGAAUCGCAAUGGGACAAAUUAGUUUCUGAAGUCUUCGAGUGGAUGUCCGCGCCUGAAACCUGUUCUGCGGCAGCCAAAUUUCUCGUGAGUCUCUUUGGGGAACUGAAAACAUCGCCUAUCGAAGGUUCUGAGGCCGCAGAAAAUUAUUCGAUAUACUGGCAGAGAUGGAUACAGCAAGGUCUUGGUAAUCAUCCAGAAUCUCUUGAAAAUGUGAAGAACUAUCUAUUUGCACCUCUGUUCAAAUUGGACAAACCGGGAUCGUUGCAAUUUCUCAGAAACAUCUCUGCAAACAAUGCCAUUGAUACAGUUGGAAAUCGUGAGGUAGAUAGUGGGGCAACUCUUUUCUUGUCUGCAUUAGAGGUUGGCAAGAAGUACGGCCUUGUGGAUGAUCCAGACCUCAUACCACCACAAAAAGCAUCGGCAAAGAAGCGAGACUUUGUGGAGCUUCCUAUCCAGGCCAUUGGAGGUCUCUUGAUACAUACAGAUACUACAGUCAGAUCGUUAGCUUUCUCUGUACUUGUGUCGUCACUUUCAUCGACGAGACCGUUUCCAAAAGAAAGUCUUGAUAUUAUUCGUCAGUAUUUGUAUGUUCUCCAUGCAGAUACUGACGCCAAGUUUCGUAACGAUCUGUUUGCCAGCACUAAGCAUAUGCUUGAGCGCCUAAGGGGGGCUUUGGCUUUGUUGACCCGCGAGGCUAGCCUGAGUGUGACACGAAAACAGGUUGCGACAGAUCCAAAUUCACCUAAAGAGCUGCAAACUGUUCACAGCAUAGAACAAAUCGACAAAGAAGGAAGCGACAUACAAACUCACAUCCAAGAACACGAACACUUCCUAUCCUGGUACUUAAGCUUCCUCGCACAAGAAUUAGUGCCAACAGCAUCUUACCCAAGACACAUCACCUCUUUAAAAUCCCUCGAGAUUCUAUUGAAAACAGGAGUGCAGCUUUCUCCAGGUAUACCGACGAUCAACACUUCACGUGGCUCAGAUAUAUUUUGGCCGAAACAAGUUAACGCUUUCUCUCCCAGCAUCUGUCGAUUGUUGUUAGAUCUGGUGGUAGACCCUUUUGAAGAAGUCCGAAAUUGCUCAGUUAGUGUGCUAAACUCCGCACCAAGAGACUGCUUUGGCCCUCUCUCUGACACCCCAUAUGGUCCUGUCCCCCAGCUUCUGCAAGACCUUCUUUCAGAAGCCAAGAUGGCUUCAUCUCAAACUGGCCGAGCAGAUGCAGCUGAUGGACUUGCACAUAUGAACGUCCUCCAUUUCAAAAUCCUCGAACACGAUCAGCACCGAUUGAACUUCUUCCAUACGCUACUAAGUAUACUUGAAGAUGAUAUCGAAAUUGCUAAAUCCGAUUUGGACUUGGCAGUAGAUCGAGUUCCACUCCAUGGCCAAUUGACAACCUUAGCUCAAUUGUGGGAUUUGAUGAAAGUAUCACCUUAUGAGGGCCUUGUGGCAGUUGACUCUGAACCCUCUCAAGUAGGAACAAUUGUGGCAUUUCAGGAUAGGCUGGCCAAAUGUUGCCUUGAGAUCUGGGAGAUUGUGAGGGGUACUUUGUGCCACGACUCCCCAGAAGGCCAUGACCCAAGUGGGCCCAUUGGAUCUGAAGAAGCUGAUGUGAAAGGCAUAUUGAGCUUCAGCUUCCGUGCAUGCCACGAAUCAAGUGAACUUAUUCAGGCCAUUCUGCGCAAGGUCAACAUCAUCAAAUCAUCCGAUAAGAAGCCGUUUCUCACCUUCAAGGUGCUGCAACACCUCGGAAAUUUGACCUUCGUACAGUUAGCCAGCCUAAGACACAGGGGUGCAUUUUCGACCGUGACUACAACCUUUUCAUUAUGCUGCAAAGUUACUCAGAGCAAAUCAUUUGCUGAGACUGGAGGCCCUGACCUACUCCGCCUUUGGCAUGAUCGAGCAUUCCAGUGUAUCAAUGAACAGCAUUCGACAACAAGGCGCUCAGCUGGUCUACCGGGGCUCAUCACUGGAAUAUUGUCUGCUGGUUCUACUCUUGUUACUCUUGAUUCUGUGAUGGUAAGGCUCCAGGAAAUAGCCCGAACGCCAGUCAUCAGUAGUGCGAAGGAUGAGGAGCAGCUGCCCCAGGUCCAUGCCAUGAAUUCCAUCAAGGAUGUCUUCAAGAGUGCAACUUUGGGUAAACAGGCCGAUAUGUAUGUUACGGACUGCUUUAUCAUUGCCACAGACAGCCUGAAGUCGGACAUCUGGGCUAUUUCAAACUGUGGUCUGAUUCUCGUAAAAUCUCUACUGGAUUGCAUGCUCGGUACAAGUGACAACAAAGCUGCAACUGAGGCCGGAUGGGACGGCCGAUCCAUCAGGAUCUCCUACGACCGAUACAAGGGUUUGCCAGAGGUUCUCUUAGGACUCUUGAAAAUAGACUCUAGCAUCCCAGCACAGACAAACCUCGUUUUCCCGGCGCUUGAGUUUGCAAGGCGCGUGGGACCCCCCGAGAAAAAUCGGGCUCAAUUCCGAGGGGAUUUUUACAACAGCGUCAUCAAGCACCUCAAUUGUCCCAUAUGGAUCUUUCGAGAUCUUGCAGCAAGAACAGCCAGUACGUUCUUGUUGGAGGACAACUGGAAGGCUCCCAUAAUUGAACUUUUGGAGUCGAAGUCAUUCUCAACGAAUGGGCUUCAUGGUAUCUUCUUGCUCAUUAGAUACUUGAUUGAGAAACGAUUGGAUUUGGAUAAGCCACUGACCAAAGAUAAUUUAAUCGAGCUGCUGAAAGCGAUGAGCAUAAGAAUCCUGCCAUAUGGCGCCAAUCCUACUGACAAAUUCCUCAUCGCUGCGUACGAGGAAGCCAUGUUCCCGAUAUACCAGACGAUAUUCAAAGAUAUGCCAGGUAGCGAGGACACCGCCUUCCCGUUCUCUAGCACGGAGUGGUUCGAUCAAGGCCAGGCUAUAUUGGACGAGAUGGGGAUGGCUGUAGUGAAGGAGCUGAACGAGCACCCGGCAGACGACCGUAAUAGUCUCGCAAACAACACCCAAAUCGUUCACUUGCUUUACAUAAUAAGGAUGGAGAAGUCUCUAUGUCGCAUAACCGAUGGGAGUAUUUCUUGGGACAAUGUCACGGACGAUUCUGCGGCUGAGUUGCUCCAGAGAGCCCCAAAAAUAUUUCUCUCCUCUAGCUUAACUCUGGAUGAAAUCGUCGCCAUGGUCCGCUUCUUCCAACCCUUCAUACUAUCUGUCAAACGCUCAGAGAAAGUGAAGAGACUUGCCCAUACCAAUAUUGCAGCUCUUCUCGGGCAGCACGACUUCUUCUUCUUCUCGGAUGAGCAAAUCAAGGAGCUGGCGGAUAACCUCAUCAACGAAAGUUUCCUCUCUCAUGACCCCAUGCACCUUGUCAUCAGAGGUGGUGUCGAAAUGUCGAUAUUCAUGGGACCCGGCCUAAGAAAUGCGCGACUCAUAACAAAAGGUCACAUCCUCCGCCUACGCGUUCAUGCCUUUGAACGGCUGGACCUCCCUGGCACAGUGCAACCUGGUGAACAGGAGCUAAAUAUAGGGGCUGGACUCCUGGGUUUCGGCAUAGAAGUCCUCAGCUUCCUCCACAGCAGCCACGUACGCUUUCCUCUUCUCCCACUCCUUUUUUUCUCCUCCGCUAACCUAUCUAGGACUAUGAUAUCCGCAUGGCUGCUGCUACAGCGUUUUUCAAUUUUUACGACACCCACGCCGAUGCUCUGUUCAUAGCGGCCACAAAGGGAAAGCACCUCACGCCCCUCCUUGCCCUCAACGUCGCCAUCCUUGACUCCCUCAUCGACGACGACCCUAACGUCCGCGAGCUCGGCGCUGCUACCUUCAGCUCCCUAACCCUCAGCCCCGCCGUCGUCCCCGAAGCCUCCGCACAAGCCUUCUCCCACUGGCUACACGACAACUACUCCUAUUCCGAACCGUUCCUCGCCGAAACCCUCCGCCGCAUCACAACCGGCAAUGAAGUCGAUACCUUCAACGGCAUCGAACCCCUCACGCUAUCCGACACACGGCUCGCGCUCGCGAAGGCCAUGGUCCCCGACAACGCGCUCUUCGCCGAGGAGGAGCAGAACCUGUAUAUCGACGAGAUGCGCGAGGCGCGGCUGUGGUGCGGGGU